GCUAGCCUUUAGCUAGUGAUGACAACAUCACUGCAUAUUAGCUGGCACUAAUAUGAUGGGACAAGAAACAACGAGAUAAUAAGGACACUCUUGGAGCUGCUUAAAGUGUCCACUCACUGGUUUCUGUAUGCUUGGCACAUAAACCAAACAGGAUCCAGGAGUAGCUCGCUAAUAACAACCGUUAGCAUGCACGGGAAGGAGUCGCCUGGGCUGGAUGCAAGACUGGAACUGUCACCUCAAUGAACUGAUAACACACCAUCUCGAGAGGACUGAGGCAACAGUAGGACCAUGUACUCGAGCCCUAAUAACACCAUGAAGUCCAGCUGCAGCAGCAGCAGCAGCAGCAUCACUGAGUUGCUGGGUGCCCUGUGUGACUGCAGCCUGUCUGGUGUGUCAUGGAAGCGCAGAGCCCUGGGUGGAGUCUCAAGAGAAGGUUUCCGCAGAGCUCUCAAGAAGCGUGCAUACGGUGCCCUACUGUCCAAACUAUUUCAAGAUGGCACCAAGGGGUCAGCCUCAGGACCGAGUACCUCAGCUAGUACGCCGCCCAGAAACAAGGUCCUGAUGAUUUGUUUUGACUUGCGGGUGGCAGGGUGCAGAGAGGAAGCAGAGAGGUUGGAGGAGCAGCUGGAGAGGCUGCCGGAGGGAGCAUCCUCUUGCCUCAAGGAAGUAGACGCAGUCCUUGAGCUGCUUGUGCACCUAGCUGGUUCAGCACCUCCACCCCCUACCUCUUUCAGCAGGGACUACAUGAGACGAGAGCGGCCCGUGCUGCGGAGGCCACGACCUUGGGGCUACCAGAGUGAGGAGCUGCAAAGACUAGAGGCCCGGGCGUGGGGGCUAGUGUGUGGGGAGGAAUGGGGGACUUUGGAGAGUUUGUGUGGAACUCAGAGGUUGAUGGAUGCCCCUCCUGGUACAGGGCUGCUGGCUCUGAGAACUAAAAUGGAGGCUGAAGAAAGGUUUGAGAAGGACACCAGGAUGACACUGUUUGGAGCGCUGCAGCACACUCGCACUUCAGACAUGGACAUAAGACUGGACCUGCCUCCUAUUCCUAGUAAUAUUGAUGUAACUGGGCUGGCUAUCAGGGUGCCCCCCUGUUUAGAUCAGUCUGAAGAUGAGGGCUUCCAGUCGGCCUCCAACCUGACCCCAGACUCUCAGUCAGAGCCCAGCUCCAUUCCAGAUGUUGAUAUAUGGGAGGCUGUCCGCAAUUUUGAGCCCGGAAGACGCCGAUGUUGGGAGUCUGUUGGCUGCCCACCAGUGAAAAGGGAGUCUCUCUACCUAACAGAGAGAGGCAGGGAGGCCUUCGACCAGCUCUAUCGUCUAUGGGAGGGGGAGAUGAGGGUGGUGAGCACUAGUACACCUUCUCCUAUCCUCCCUCUGCCCCUGGACUCUCAGACACAACUGGUAUCUGACCUCCUCAACGCCCUGAUCGGAGUGGCGUCCACAACCUUCCCUCUUAACCAGAGUGUUCAGUUUGACGUCAGGCCUGGUGUGUGCGUGUCAGGAGCCUCUCCAGAGAGCGUGUCUCGUCUCCUGGGGGAGCUGGCCCAGUACGGCACCUACUACUUGAGGCUGAGUCGCUUUUCUCUGCAGAGUGCUGACAAGAAGGGCCUAGUCUUCCAGGCUUUUACAGGUGGUCUGAGGAAGUAUCUGCAUUACUACAGAGCUUGUGUUCUCAGCACUCCACCCACCCUUAGCCUGUUGACUAUCGGCUUCCUCUUUCGCAAAGUAGGCCGCCAACUCAGGUACCUGUCAGAACUGUGCUGUGUAGAUGGGCCUUUGGGUGCAGGCCAGGCUACCUUCCCUGUGGGUGUUAAACUGCUGUCCUACCUGUACAAUGAAGCACAGAAUAACUGCAGCAACGAGAACUACCCGGUCCUGCUGUCACUGCUGAAGAGCAGCUGCGAACCUUAUACACGGUUUGUGUCUGACUGGGUGUACAGUGGUGUGUUUCGCGAUGUUUAUGGAGAAUUCAUGAUCCAGGUCAAUGAGGAGUACCUUAGUUUCAGAGACAAACACUUCUGGGUUCAAGGCUACACUCUGAUCUCAAAGGAUGUGGAGGAUUGUGUUCCCAUCUUCCUGAGACACAUCGCCAAUGAUGUGUAUGUCUGUGGAAAGACCAUCAACCUCCUCAAGAUCUGCUGCCCACAGCACUAUAUCUGCUGGUCGGAGCUGCCGGUGCCUCGCAUAGCUGUCACCUUCUCCCUCCAGGAGGUGGAGGAGAUUGAGAGGGACUGUGCGGUAUACCGCGGACGCAUGGAGAGGAUUGCUAAACACAGUGCCAUCAGCAGGGAGGAGCAGGCCCUGCGUACAGAGCAGGCACGCCAGGAGCUGAUCAAUCAGGUCAGAGAGUCAGCAGCCAAAACCCUGGAGAGCAUCCGCGGGCGCCAGGUGUCACAGCGUCUGGCUGAAGAGGCCAAGAAGAGGGAGCGAUUUGAGGAGCUGAAACAGCACCUGGAGCAGGAGCAAGAGUGGCGAAGUGCAGCCAAGAAAAGGCAGGAGGAAGAUGACUUCAGCUUUGCCAGAGAGCUGAGGGAUAGAGAGAAAAGACUACAAGCCCUGGAGGAGCAGCUGGAGCAGAGAGCCAGGAAGGAGCUGAUUGCCCAAUAUAGCCGUCUGUCAGAGGAAGCAGCCCGCAGAGAGAGAAGGGCCAUGUGGAGGGUGCAGCGAAUGAGACUUGAUGAAGCCCGUGCUCAGUUCUUCAUCCAUGACAGGCAGAACAUUCAGGCAAUGCUCGAGAAAUAUCCCUUAGGCCAGGGGAGACCUCCUGUGGAAGUGUUGCGACCUGUUCCCCCAACACAACAGACUGUAGCACAACCAACACUGGAAUCUCCCAUUCUGGAGCCGUCUGAGCAGCAGCCAACUGACACCCAAGAAUCUGAUGCCGUAUCAUCACCGCCACUUGACCCAACUUCAUCCACCCUCACCCCCCUUACAGCAGACCCUGCCCUCAUCUCUGAAGACAUUGAUAUCAAUGAUUUUUUCCCCAAGUCACCAAAUCCUGACAGUCAGCAAGUGGAUGUGGCCCUACAGGAGAUUGGGUCUGAUUUACCUGAGGUGUGCCCUACAGCAAAACUAGUUGACUAUGACUUCAGUGCCCCCUUUAGUCCACUUGAAGGUAUCACUGCACAAGCCUCAGUUCAGCCCCGGCCUCGCUGGGGACCCGCAGUCCAGCCUGACUUGAUCCAAAACCAUCCCUCUUUCUCUCACAUCCCCAUAGGAGAGAACAUGUCUCAAGUCCAAGAGAAUGUCCCCAAAGCUAACCCCUUCGGUCAAGCCUCCAAAUCCAGCUUUCCUCUUGGCCAGUAUACCCCAGAGGAGCUCCAAAAUGCAUCUAAAGCCAGUGUUUAUGGACAUACCUCUCAAGCAUCAGCACAGCCAGUAGAUGGGAGUGAGCAAACCACAGACAACAAGCAAGAAGUAGUAGCACCUAUGGCAGAACAGGAGACUGAAAUGGGGAUUUCGGAAAGUAAAGUAGAGGUAAAAGAAGAUGAGCAUGCAUCUACAAAAGAGGAUGAUGUGGUUGCUACUGCCCCCUCCACCACACCAGGACGAGGCUUUCCAAAUGGUGACCACAAACUAGUGGCACGUGUCUCUGACUGUGGUGGGGUUAAAUUGCUUGAGGCAAACACUCAGCACCAUAGCUCAGAUGCUCAAGAUAACGCAUAUGAAAAUAUUUCUUUGCCAGACAUUCAUGCUCAUGUCUCCAGUACACACCUAAAGGUUGGAGAGCUGGUUUCAGAUGUUGCUGACCCUCAGCCAUCACCCAGCAUCCAUGGUCACUCCUCUGAUGCUCACAUAAAGGUUGGACAGUUUGUAUCAGAGGCGACUGCGUCUCUUCCGUCUCCUGACAUCCGUUGUCACGCCUCAGAUUCCCACAUCAAGAUUGGAGAACAUGUUUCAGAAGUUGAUGCUCCCCUACCUUCCUCUAGUGUUCACGGUCACUCUUCUGACACUCACAUUAAAGUUGGGAAAAAUGUUUCAGAAUUUGUCGCUCCUCUUCCUCCUCCGAACGUUCAUGGUCAUGCCUCAAAUGCCCACAUCAAAGUUGGGGAGCUCGUUCCAAAUGAAAUUGCCCCUCUGCCCUCCCCUAAUGUUCAUGGUCACAGUUCAGAUGCUCGUAUCAAGGUUGGCGAAAAUGUUUCAGAAGUUGUUGUACCACUCCCUACUCCUAGCAUCCAUGGUCACUCCUCUGAUGCUAAUAUAAAAGUGGGCGAGUUUGUGUCCAACAUAUCUGAAGCAAGACCUCGUUGGAGUAAGCACGGGCACACCUCGGAUUGCCAGCUUCAAGCAGGCUGUGUGGUAUUAGGAGCUGAACCAACCUUGUCCUCUUUACCUGGAAGUUCCCAUGGUCACUCCUCAGACUCCACGUUAGGUGUUGGAUGCGUAGUUUCAGGAGAUGAACCCAAACGUUCUCCUCUACCUGGAAGUUCCCAUGGUCACUCCUCAGACUCCACGUUAGGUGUUGGAUGCGUAGUUUCAGGAGAUGAACCCAAACGUUCUCCUCUACCUGGCAGUGACCAUGGUCACUCCUCAGACUCAAUGUUACGUGUUGGAUGUGUAGUUUCAGGAGAUGAACCCAAACGUUCUCCUCUACCGGGCAGUGACCAUGGUCACUCCUCAGAAUCAAUGUUACGUGUUGGAUGUGUAGUUUCAGGAGAUGAACCCAAACGUUCUCCUCUACCUGGCAGUGCCCAUGGUCAUUCUUCAGACUCAAGUUUAGGCAUCGGAUGUGUUGUGUCCCAAACUGGACCACUUCCAUCGCCACUACCAGGCAGCGCCUACGGCCACUCCUCUGAUUCGACUCUGGGUGUAGGUUGUGUGGUGUUGGGGACACAGCCGCAACCCUCUGCACUCCCAGGCAGUGUGUAUGGCCACUCUUCAGAUUCUUCACUUGGAGUUGGAUGUGUGGUGAAGAGCAAAGAGAAAACGGAGGAAAAUGAAGAUAAUAAAGGUUCCAAGUCAGAGAGCCCUGGUGAGCAGCUGGCUGAGGGCUUGGGGUCCUGGGCAGCUAGCUAUGGUUUGUCCCCUGGAGAAAAGUCUGAGCAGGAAUACCUCUUGGCUUUGUCUGCUCAGUACCAGGUGGAACACUAUGAAGACUACUACAGCUUAAUGGCUUCGUCCCCCGAGUGUCAGCUGCUGAAGCAAGUAACUCGGGGCCCCUGGGGUCUUCCUAUGGACCCCACACUUCGCAGAGCUACAGACACCACUGCAGUCCAACUCAGCGAGAUGGUUUCCCUGCCAGUUCUGAUAAAACACUCUGUCACUACCCCGCUCAUCACACAUGUAUCUUUGGUGAACAAGGCAGUGGUGGACUAUUUCUUUGUGGAGCUGGGAGUGGAAAGACACUUUGAGGCACUGCGCCACUUCCUGCUGAUGGAGGAUGGCGAGUUCGCACAGUCCCUCAGUGAUCUGCUCUUUGAAAAGAUGGGCAGUGGGCAGACUCCCGGUGAGCUGCUGACACCGUUGGUCCUAAACUCCAUCCUCAGUAAGGCCCUGCAGUACAGCUUACAUGGGGACACACCCUUGGCUGGCAACUUCACAUUCGCCCUUCGCUAUCUCCCUGAGACCUUUCACCCACACGCCCCAGACUCUCUCAACUGUCUGGAGCUGCGCUACAAGGUGGAAUGGCCGUUGAACAUCAUCAUCACGGACAGCUGCAUGAACAAGUACAACCGUCUGUUCUCGUUCCUGCUGCAGCUCAAACACAUGGUGUGGAGCCUCCGCGAUGUUUGGUUCCACCUCAAGAGAACAGCGCUGGUGAAGGGCGCAGGUCGCUCGGUGCAGUUUCGUCAGCUGCAGCUAUACAGACAUGAGAUGCAGCAUUUUGUCAAGGUGAUACAGGGCUACAUCGCAAACCAGAUCCUGCAAGUGUCCUGGAGCGAGUUCACAGCCAAACUGGCCACUGCCAGCGACCUGGACGCCAUCCACCGCACACAUGCAGACUACCUCAACAGAGCCAUCUUCAGAGGUUUGCUGACGGAGAAAGCGGCUCCGGUCAUGAACAUCAUCCACAGCAUCUUCAGCCUGAUCCUCAAGUUUCGGGCCCAGCUGAUCGCACAGCCCUGGGACAGCCAGCAGGGGGAGGCAGUGCACCCCAGCUUCAUUGCAAUGCAGCAAUCAUACAACACCUUUAAGUAUUAUUCUCACUUCCUCUUCAAAGUGGUGACCAAGCUGGUAAACCGGGGCUACCAGCCUCAUCUCGAGGAUUUCCUCCUCCGCAUUAACUUCAACAACUACUACAAAGACUCCUGAGCUGAUUGUUGCUGUAUGUGUAAGUUGUACACAAGCUUAAUGUCACAAUUUCACAUAAGAAGUGCUCUUUGUUAAAUAUACACCAUUGUGUACUAUGAGUGUUCACAUUUUAAGAAUCCCUUGUAAGACAAAAUACAGAUAAUCAAACAUACGUAAUAAAUUAAGUUCAUUUCAAUGUGCAAAAUACAUUUAAAAACCCAACUGCACUGUAUAUUAGGGCAUGAAUUUGGCAAUCAAUCCACAUCAAUGUGCGGGAUUUGAACUACAUGCCUGUGUGCUUGAAUAAAUUAGACUGCUUCUGAAGUUUGUAUGCUGCCAAAGGUUGUAAUUGAGAUGAAGUUAAUGCCUACUGAAAUGCCUCUCGUGCUCAGGUGCGUCUCCAGCUGUGUAGAUUUUAAGUGCAUAUAAAUGAAAUGUCAAUGAUAUGUAAAU